UAAACUGCAAUGAGUUUCCUGUACCUUUAGCCUACCAUAUUGCCAAAAACAAAAGGUUAAGGUUCCUUAACCUUAAGGUAGAAAAAAUAAAAUAAAGUAACACUUUACAGCAUAGUAGAAAAGGCAGAGUCUGUAGUGAUAAUUAAAAAAAAAAAAAAACUGGGUUAAAUUUCAGGUUCUCAACAAUAAAAUAUGACUAAUAAUCAUAGAAUUAACCCCAAUGAGUAAUAAGAAGAGGAUUUUCUUUUUAACCAAUUCACAUUUGUCCUGUUUAGCCAGUCCCUGCUACCUAGAGUUACUAUUUAUAGACCACCCAGAGUGGGGCCAGCUCCUUGAAUCCUAUGCCGAAAAUAGCCAGAUGCCUUCUUUACUGUCCACAAAAUAUCGAUAAGGUCAGAAAAAUUAACCCUCAUAAGUCCAUUUAGUUUAUUUUUUUUCCUGUGUGACGUCUAUUCAGUAACCCAAACCUCUUCAAACUAGUCAGCUUUGCUGCACAUUACCUUUGACAAAACUCUCUUACUUUAUAUAUUAGAUAUAUUUAUAUUUCAUCACCAAAUGCCUUCAGGAAAUGUUUAAGGCAUACCAAUAUUUGGCAAACUUGUGUGUUUUAUAUUUUUUUUCAUUUGGCCCAUACCAAUAAGGCACACACAUUCAGUUCUACGCUGAACAUCUGAAACCACAUUAAUCACUUUACUCGGUAAUGUGAUCUGUUCUAAAAGAGUUUAGGUUCCUAAAUUUAAAAUACUUUGGAAAUCUCUGAUUCAAAUGUCUAUUUGUCUGACAAACUUAAUUUUGUGGUACUUAACAAAAGUUCAGAUAGAGCUCACAAUCUUUUUUUUUAAAGCCUAUGCAUUUUCCAAUUAAAACAUAAUAAUGCAUGCUUAAGGUUUCUAGAUACACAAGACUACAGAUGUGACACUUGUUCAAUAAAUAUCUUCCAGGUGGUUACUAAUAAGGUUCAACUGGGAAGUUCCUGCUUCUCUGGCAGACUCCCGGACCAGAGAAGAUCAUAGCCUUGCAGUAAAAAGACUGAAAACAGGCCGGGCGCAGUGGCUCACAUCUGUAAUCCCAGCAUUUUGGGAGGCUGAGGUGGGCAGAUCACAAGGUCAGGAGUUCGAGACCAGCCUGACCAACAUGGUGAAACCCUGUCUCUACUAAAAAUACAAAAAAUUAGCUGGGCAUAGUGGCAGGUGCCUGUAAUCCCAGCUACUCGGGAGGCUGAGGCAGAAGAAUCGCUUGAACCCGGGAGGCAGAGGUUGCAGUGAGCCAAGAUCACACCACUGCACUCCAGCCUGGGGAACAGACUGAGACUCCAUCUCAAAAAAAAAAAAAAACAAUGGGGCCAAUCAAAAAAUUCUUUUGAAUAACACAAAUGAUGAAACAUCUCAAUUCCCAACAUUUGAUUCAGGGACAAAUUUCAGUCUUUCAAAUCACUGUUGUUCUCUGGGCUUUAAUAUUUCACUGUUCAUGCGAAAUUUUGUCUACAAGAAAUAGUUCUUGGUUUUUAUGAAUUUCACAGCCAGUUUCCUCCAUAUUUCCUUGUUGGUGUCAAAGAUAUUCUGACUUGUUAAGAUACUUUUCUACACUUCCUCAUUCCUUCCAGCUUUUCUCCUUGAUGCUUUUCUUCAAGUUAAGCCUUUUAACAUGUUUUUUUAACUUGAAUAGUUCCUAAUAUUCCCACUACUUCUUGGCUGGCUGUUCCUAAAGCAUCACACAGAGAAAGAUACAAAUCUUAACUGAUUGAUCCUCAAGAUUUUCAAAUAUUUAAGCUUUCUCCGAUUUUUAAUCCCCUUUCUACUAACUCCUUUUUGAACACAAACCACUUCUUGAUAAAAUAGGGACCAUCAUCUCUUCCUUUCAUAAUCAAUCAAUCUACCAUGGAAAUGAGAUCCAUCCCCACCUUUACUUCAGCAGCUGUGAAGAUCAUUAAUUCAUUUUUAAAAAAUUUUUGUCUGGUGGGCGGGGGCACUCAAAAAAUUUUUUUUGUUCCAGUCUUUUCUUUCCUAAAAUUCUAUUGAUUCAUGAGGGCUUCCACAAUGAGAUGUCCCCCCUAACCCCACCGUCACUUCCUGUAGCAUAAUCUAAUCCUCUUUAUUCCUUCAUCGAGUACUACUGCAUAAAGCCUCCCAUGAUUGCCACUAGCAGCGUUACUGGUUACUUCUAUGUUCCCUCAAGAAUAUGCCUGUGAAUUUGCGAUAUAAUAAGAAAUAAUAUAUUUGGUUUUUAUUCUGGUUUCUGUCACAGAGCUCCUAAAACCCUUGGAAUUUCCUGAGUGAUAGGGGGUAAGAAGAGCAUCUUUUGUUAUCCAUAAUAAGCCCCUUCCAGCUGGACCUGAGUUUAUGCUAAUGAAGUGACUCUUGGAUGAUGGAGGCUGAUUGCCAGAGAAACCAACCACAUAAUUAGUGGGUUGGGAUUUUCAGUCCCAUCCCUCAACCUCCAAGUAGGGGAGAGGGGGCUGGAGUUUAAGUGCAAUCACCAAUGGCCAAUGGUUUAAUCAAUCACACCUACCUAAUGAAGCUCCAUAAAAACCCCUAACAAUGGAAUUUGGAGAGCUUCCAGGUUAGCAAACACAAGGAGGUACUAGGAGGGUGGUGCACCUGGAGAGGGCAUGAAAGCUCUGCACUCCUCCCCUAUACCUUACCCUAUGCGUCUCUCCCAUUUAGCUUGCCCCACAUAUCCUUUAUAAUAAAACCAGUAAUAGUAAGUAGAGUGUUUUCCUGAGUUCUGUGAGCCAUUCUAGAAAAUUAUCAAACCUCCUCCUCGUCCUGCCGCAGGGCCAGAACCCCUGACGGUAUUCAGCUGCGCAUAAGUCUGGCCGGUGUCAUCUGUCUCCGCAAUGCCCCCCAAGAAACAGGCUCAGGCCAGGGGCAGCAAAAAGGCGGGGCAAAAAAAGAAGGAGAAGAUUAUCGAAGACAAAACUUUCGGUUUGAAGAAUAAGAAAGGAGCAAAGCAACAGAAGUUUAUCAAGGCUGUCACACAUCAAGUUAAAUUUGGUCAACAAAAUCCACGUCAGGUAGCACAGAGUGAAGCUGAAAAGAAAUUGAAGAAGGAUGACAAGAAGAAAGAAUUGCAGGAGCUAAAUGAGCUGUUCAAACCUGUAGUUGCUGCUCAAAAAAUAAGUAAAGGUGCAGAUCCCAAGUCUGUAGUAUGUGCAUUCUUCAAGCAACGACAGUGUACUAAAGGAGAUAAGUGUAAGUUCUCCCAUGACUUGACUCUGGAGAGAAAAUGUGAAAAGCGAAGUGUUUACAUUGAUGCAAGAGAUGAAGAACUUGAAAAAGAUACUAUGGAUAAUUGGGAUGAGAAAAAGCUGGAAGAAGUAGUGAACAAGAAGCACGGUGAGGCGGAAAAGAAAAAACCAAAAACUCAAAUAGUGUGCAAGCAUUUCCUGGAAGCUAUUGAAAACAACAAGUAUGGCUGGUUUUGGGUAUGCCCUGGAGGGGGUGAUAUUUGCAUGUAUCGUCACGCACUUCCUCCUGGAUUUGUGUUGAAAAAAGAUAAAAAGAAAGAAGAGAAAGAAGAUGAAAUUUCAUUAGAAGAUCUAAUUGAGAGAGAGCAUUCUGCCCUAGGUCCAAAUGUUACCAAAAUCACUCUAGAAUCUUUUCUUGCCUGGAAGAAAAGGAAAAGACAAGAAAAGAUUGAUAAACUUGAACAAGAUAUGGAAAGAAGGAAAGCUGACUUCAAAGCAGGGAAAGCACUAGUGAUCAGUGGUCGUGAAGUGUUUGAAUUUCGUCCUGAACUGGUCAAUGAUGAUGAUGAGGAAGCAGAUGAUACCCGCUACACCCAGGGAACAGGUGGUGAUGAGGUGGAUGAUUCAGUGAGUGUAAAUGACAUAGAUUUAAGCCUGUACAUCCCAAGAGAUGUAGAUGAAACAGGUAUUACCAUAGCCAGUCUUGAAAGAUUCAGCACAUAUACUUCAGAUAAAGAUGAAAACAAAUUAAGUGAAGCUUCUGGAGGUAGGGCUGAAAAUGGUGAAAGAAGUGACUUGGAAGAGGACAACGAGAGGGAGGGACCGGAAAAUGGAGCCAUUGAUGCUGUUCCUGUUGAUGAAAAUCUUUUCACUGGAGAGGAUUUGGAUGAACUAGAAGAGGAAUUAAAUACACUUGAUUUAGAAGAAUGACACCAAACACAUCGCUAAAAAAAAUUAAGUCAGCUCAGCACGAGUUGAAAUUGACUACAUUAAUUUCUUUCCAUAGAAUCAACAGGAUGUUUAUUUCCUAUGCUGAUUCUGGAGGAGUUAACCUCCUGCAAAAAAGGCAUCUUGUCCCUACGUCUUCUCUUCUGACUUUGACUACAUCUCAUAGUAAGUUCAGAGUAGUUCAUGAUAAAUUGACAAUAUAAUGGUCAUUGCAGAAAAUGAUUGAUGUUGUAACUGUCCACCCAAGUAAGAAGUGUAUCUGCCUUUCCAUCUUUUGGUUUUCAUUUGGGCAUGUGCUAUUACCAGAAA